AUGGCCUUGCUGCGGUUGCUGUCGAUUAUGGAGAUGCUUAAUCGGAAUAGAGCUGAAGCGGAAGGUUUAUAUCUCGCAUCGAGUCGAAAGGGCCGACUGAAGCUGUCUUUCGACUCGUCCCGCACAACUACAUGCCCAGAUAGUUCCUACAUAGCGCUCUGGAACUACGAGCCGACGAAUUUCAAGGACAUCAUCAUUACUGCCUUUGGAGGAAACACCCGCGGUGUCGCUGACCCGCCCGAGCUGAAGCAGUUCUGCGACAUCUCUACUAUCUUCAAGGAUAUGAAACACACCAACCUCUACGAUUUCGCCUGCACCAUGGAGCAGCCUUACGGAUACUACAACUACUGGCAUACAACCACGUUCAUCAACGACGAACGCAUCAUGGCCAAGGCCGUCGAGGCGCACGCAGCCGCAGUCGACAAGAUCAAGAAGUCGUUGCCAAGCUACUAUGGCAGGCUCGGCGACGAGCGCGGCGGGAACGUCAUGGGGCUGGACCAGCACCUGAAAGGCCGAAACGCGAUUUCCAUGCUUCUUUCGAUAAACGUUAGUGAGGAACACAUUCGCGAGUACGGACUCCAGGUGGCUCAGGAAUAUCUGAAGGAGGUUGACGAUUUUGCAAAGUCCGUAGAGGGAUACAUUGAUUGGACUUAUGUCAAUUACGCGGAUAAGGCCCAGGACCCUCUGGGGUCGCUGCUGGGGUCGCUGCUGGAGCCUUCCAGGAUUAAGAGCACCGCCCUCAAGUACGAUCCUGACGGUGUGUUUCAGAAGAGGACACCUGGUGGGUUCAAGAUCUCCGACUGCUAG